AUGACGGGGAACGAUUUCAAGGGCAACCCAACACCAGUCUUUGUUCUUGAUGAGGACCAAAACUGGCCGGUGGAAAGAGUGCUCCAAGCUAUUGCACGGGAAAUGAAUCAGUCUGAGACGAUCUUUGUCAAGCCGGCUGCUGCUAGAUCGAGAGGGACUUACGACAUUCGAUCUUUUACCCCGUUUGCCGAGGAGCCAUUCUGUGGCCAUGGCAUUGUAGGGGCCGCGAUAGCGUUGGAAGGCAGAUGUGAUCAGGGGAACCUUACAUUUCAAACGGUCGGGGGCAUCUUUGUCCACGCUGAGAGCCUUGGACGUGCAGAGACAAGUUCGGGGAAAAGAACGCUCGGGCAGGUGAUGACGGUGAAGCUUCGGAUUCCCUCUGUGCCCGUCACAGAACCCCUCGAUCAUGACCUUGAACUUCGAGAGAGAAUGGCAAAGGCUAUCGAGAUUGCUCCGCUCCAGAUCUUGGCCCUGGGGAGGAACUCGUUAAUGGACCUCGUUGUCGAGGUUGACAGUACAGUUGAUUUCUCCGCGGACACGAUCAAGAUUGAUGCGGGGGCGUUGAUGAAAGGUUCGCCGCCAGGCACUCGCAGUCAAAUCAUCACGAGUCAAGGGAGGAGAGACGGCGUUGACUUCCUGAAACGUGUGUUUGCCUACGGAAGUGAAGAUCAAGCGACGGGGUCAACACAUUGCGUCCUCGCGCCGUAUUGGGGCUCCAAAUUGGGCAAAUCGUGCAUGAAGGCGAAGCAAGUAUCUGAAAGAACCGGGGAAGCAGAAGUCGAGAGUAUUGUGAAUGAUGGGGGAGGUCAUGUGGGCUUGACUGGGUCGGGCGUGCUGAUUAUGGAAGGGAGGAUAUUGGUUCCUCGGGUCGCUCGCUUUGAUACGAAGCUGUAG